AUGGCGGUGGGCGCGGUGGCCCUGCUUGCGCUGGCGCUCUUUGCCCUUGUGUGGACCAGCAGCGGGCUGGGAGGCGGCGGCGGCGACGACCUCGCGUCCCCCCAAAUCCUGGACAUGGCGGCCUCCAACUUCGCCAAGGGGGUGAUGGCUGGCGCGGACAAGGACGAGCUUGUGGCGCAGCAGCUGGGUGCUGGCAGCGCGUCGGAGAUGAGCGAGCGCGCCGAGGAGCUGCGGCGGGAGAAGGAGGCGCGCGCCGUCAAGUUCUCUGCGGGCAAGCUGGCGUACGAGCGAGGCAACUACCCCGCCUCCUCCCGCUUCCUGGAGCAGGCGCUGGAUGAGGAGGGGGAGUUCACGCAGCUGGGGGGGGAGAUCCAGCUGUGGCUGGCCCUCGCCUACCAGGCGUGCGGGCGCGAGGAGGCCUGCCUGUCCAUCUACCGCUCCCUGGAGAAGACGCACCCGCUGCCCGCCAUCCGGCGCCAGGCGUGCGACCUGCGGUACAUCAUGGAGGCGCCCAAGCUGCAGAUCAACCCGGAUGAGCGGGUGCAGAUACCGGUGCUGACAGACCUGGACGUCAACAGGGGCAACCGCGCGCCCGUGGCGCGGCCGCGGCCGCCGCAGAAGCGCUCCGUGCCCAAGACUUGGGACGAGGAGUUCUGGGACAACUACCAGGGGCCCGGCGGGGUGGUGCAGAACCGCUACGUGUGGGCUGCAGCCUCCAUCGCGGCCACCGCUGCAGCGGUGUACAGCAGCUAUGUGCAGCGGGGGCUCCUGCGCUGA